CAGGAAUUCAAGAUGCCAGAGCAGAGACAGCGCAGAGAUGAACCGGAGGAAGGCUUCGGCCUGAAGACAGUUCUGAACGGUGUCGGUAUCUUCCUGUUGACGCAGUUUGUCAUAAACCAGUUCUUUGCUCCGAAACAGCCAGAUGCGGCUUCUCAAGUGCAGACUGCUGGUGUCCCUGCCUUCACUGCUCGUCCGGAUCGCAGCGAGAUCACGACUUACCAUGCCGUUCCCGACCUCAUUGCUCCUAUAUGGCCCGCCGACAGUGCCUUGGAUAUCAAUAUCUACGUCUCGUCUUCUGCUGUAACGCCCAACUUCCGCAAGCUUCCGAGUGAGGCUCUUGUGCUCCAGGAGAAGAACUUUACCCUUGGAAAUUUCAGCGAUACCCGAGAGAUCGAGACUACGAUUACCCUCCCCAAGGAAGUUCAGAAUAACGGCACGCUAUGGGCGCAUUUUCUUGUCGGACUUGCCGGACAUCAGCUGGACCCUUCUGCUAAGGAUUACAGUACCGACUACGCUGUCCACAUUUUCCGCCCUUUGAACCAAUAUCUGCCGAAGAAAAAGGCCAAGAAGCUCAAGAAUCUCUUGUCUUCUUCCGAUGAGCCCGACAAUGAGGAGGACGACACUCCUGCGGUUCAGAUGGUGUCCUAUUACCACCCGAACUUUACUGUCUCCUUGGUUCCUGACUCCGGUCCUCUGAGAUAUCGUCAAUUGCAGCACCCAAUUCGGCAGCAUAUACAGCUGGAGGCGACUGGUGCGAGAGAUAGUACUGGCCAGAAUGGAUGGUACUAUCCGAUCGUUUUCCUAAACACCUUCUGGCAAUUGAGAAGUCACAUGACAGAAUUGAACUCGACCGUCAAAACAGUGCCAUUGCGCAUCACACUGAAUAACCAGAAAAAUUGGAAAUUCAGCAUCCUGGCUAGCUAUGACGAAAAUACAAGGCAGGCUUCACGUCAGGCUGCCUUUGGUGGUCAAACGCCAGGUGGCGGGGAUGGAAGCGAAUUCGAGAUGUUCAAGGAAAUUCUGUUGGACACAAACAUCUGGCUGUUGGGCACUACAGGCGUAGUCACUAUUCUACACAUGGUAUUCGAGACGCUUGCGUUCAAGAAUGACAUUUCCCACUGGCGUAAGAAGAAAGAUGUCGUCGGAACCUCUGUCCGGACAAUUCUGGCCAAUGUCUUCAUGCAAACCGUCAUUUUCCUGUACCUGGUUGACAAUAGUGAAAAGACUUCUUGGAUGAUUCUUGGAAGUCAGGGCUUUGGUAUUCUUCUUGAAGCAUGGAAGAUAACCAAGACCGUUGACGUACGACUACGACCACCACAACCAGGAUCAAUCUUCUCUUUCCUCCCUUAUGUGGUCGUCUUUGAAGACAAGCACAAGCUCACGGAGACGGAACAAAAGACCAAAGAGUACGACGAAAUCGCAUUCCGCUAUCUAUACAUUGCCGCCAUCCCUCUCCUGGGAGCGUACGCCGUCUACAGCCUGGUCUACAACGAACACAAGUCGUGGUAUUCCUACAUCAUUGAGACUCUAGUUGGCAGUGUCUAUGCAUACGGCUUCCUGAUGAUGGUUCCUAGCUUGUAUAUCAACUACCGCCUUCAGUCUGUUGCCCAUAUGCCUGGAAAAGCGCUGAUGUACAAGUUCCUUAACACUUUCAUUGAUGACCUUUUCGCCUUCACUGUUAAGAUGCCAUGGCUUCACAGGCUUUCAACCUUUAGGGACGACGUCAUCUUCUUCAUCUGGCUCUACCAGAGCUGGAAGUACAGGGUUGACUACAAGCGUGUGAACGAGUUUGGACAGGGAGGCGAGAGUGAUGAGGAAGAGGAAGAGAAAAAGGAGGAGACCGCUCCGAGCAACGACGCGAAGAAGCAAAAGGAGUCUGUCCAGACAUCUGCCAAGGAGAACUCCGCCUCAGCUCGUAGGAGGAAGUGAAAUUGCCACGGUCGUGGCAUUUUUUUAGUAUGCGCAGACUCAAUAAUGCCUGCUAAUAGAGCCCUUUCUGUCAUCCCAGUAUUUCAGUUUGGCUCCGUCUAUAUAGCACUAUAUAUGGACUUUAGCGUUAGCAUGGUAGAAGAAUACGGUUAUAAUUAGUAGAUCUGUCACUUUGUAUGCAGUUUAAUUCACGGAUAUCUUCUCACUGAAA